AUGAUUUCAUCCGAUAACAUACCAAUCCAAGCAUCGCUUGCAUGGGCUUCGCAAUUCAAAACUGAUGUUAAUCAAACAGCACAAGAAUUUCAACAAUUACGUCAAGAAUUGUUACAAAAUCUACAGUCUAUCCAAUCGCGAACUACAGUAACUGAUUCUCAAUGUUCUUCAUCGGCAGUAAUGCUUGAUGAUAGUGCUGAUGAAGAAGAACGUUUCCAGCAAGUAUCUGAUGAUAUCAUUCAAGAACAUGCCAUUACUAGACAACCUGCUCUUACCGUAUUCGGAGCAAAUUCAAGUGGUAAAACAUCAUUUAUUCAACGUUUUCUUGGUAUCGGUAAUAUACUACCAUCAGGUAUUGGACCAAUAACUGCACGUAUUGUUCAAUUGACAUAUGCACCUGGUAAUCAAGCAUGUUUUCGUGUCUAUAAAACGAUUGAAAAAUUGUUGAUUGAACAUGAAGGCAAUUUAUCAUCAUUCUUUUCUAACAAUCAACAACCGGAUUGGGAAAGUAUAACGAAUAUUUUAUCGCCGCAUGUUAAGCGACCGACAGAUAUUAAUGAGAAAACAAAAGAAUUCAAUGAAUGGGCCGAAUGUUUUGUUGAAGUUUGUUUACCAUCGGAUAUUUUAUCGUUGGGCAUUGAUAUCUAUGAUACACCUGGUUUCUUGUCGGACAAUCGUGAACAAAUCUUAACGGAUAAUUUACAUAAACUUGUCAAACGUAUUAAGCCGACUCUUCUCUUUCUUUAUGAUAAUGCGACGAUUAGUGAUACGGAUAAGAGUUGUUUUCUGGCAAUGAAAAAUGCUCUAGGUUCUAUGGAACGUGUAUCGGUAUUUUUUUUAAAUACCAAAGCUGAUUGUAUAUCAAUUGCGAACGAUUAUUUACUUGACGAUGAUCCAGAAAAUGUACCAUUGAAUCUCUUCGAAAAUACACUACGUGAAAAGAAACAACGUUGCUAUGAACUUCUUCUUCGACGACGUGAAAUGGCAAGUGAAGUACUUGGCCGUUUGCCAGAUUCUGUUGAUGAAUGUACAUGUUUUGAUAUUUGUACCAUUCCAAGUGAUUAUGACCCGUGGGAAGUAUAUACAAAUAUGAUUAAUACGGCUGCCUUUAGACGUAUUGUUCAGUUUGCUGUAGAAGCUUAUUCGACACCUACUUUUACACUAGCACGAGAUAUUCUCAUGACAGUCGAUGACUUCUUCGAUUACACUAUUUCAACGACGCCUCGUUCGGCUCAUCAGUGGGAUAGGUUACGUAAGGAAGCACUAGAAUGGGGUCAAAUGUUUUUUGACGAAUAUCAAAAGCUUUCACCAACAUUAACUGAUGAUAUGACUAGAAACAUAUUGAAUAUCCUCAAAGAACGCAAACCAGAAAUUAUCCGUCAAGCUGCAUUGAUCACACGUACUAAUGAUCCGAUCGAUACAUUAUUGGACAACCAUUCAAAGACAAUUCGGAACUAUAUUAGAUUGGCCGUUCAAGAACAAGUAAUCAAGGUAGCUGCCAAUAAUACAAUAAUUGCCAAGCGAGAUGAAGUAAAAACACUUAUUAACAAUCACUUGCAACGGCAACGUGGCGUACGUAAAAAUGAGCUACUUACCAUUGCUCAACGGCAGGUACUUAGUGAGAUUUCUGUAGAAGUGUUAGAGCAUACGACGUUAUUCAAUAGUUUGCUGGAUAAUAUUGUAAAAUUACCAUUACGACUUCGUCGUUUUCUUCUUAGUUUACCAACACGUAUUAGUGCUUAUAUAAAAGAAGAAUAUAAUCGAUUUAAUCAUCCGGCAAUAAAAAACGAUGUUGAUAAUGUAUACAAAUUACUCGAUCCUAUGGAUGAAUAUGCAACGUUACCAAACGAAGCCAAUCGAAAGACAUUUGCAGACUAUUGCAUGGAAAAAAUUGCAAGGGAAAUCGAAGAGCAAAGGGAUAAUUUUAGUCUUAACGUGAUUUCAUGCAUAGAAGAACAAAGGAAGGCAUUUUUUAAGAAUAUUGCAUCAAAUCAGAAGUACAUUGAAAAGCAUCUUUCCGAUCAGCAGACACUUCAUAAUCUUAUCAAUCAAUUUUCAGGUCGUUUUUCUAAAAUUGAAUGUCAAUUACUAGCUGCAGUAGAACUAGCUAAACAUUGUGGUAUUCGACCUAUUUUAGGUGAACAGAUAGGAAUGGGUGGCUUCUUUACCGUUCAUACGACUCAGUGGGGUACAGAAACUAAUUUAGCUGUAAAAAAAUUAAUUCAUUCGUCAGCUGAAACUAAUCAGAUGGUUGCAUUGGAAGCUCAUUAUCAUCGAAUAGUUACACGCUUAUGUUCUGAUGAUCAUAUUGUUCCACUCCUUCAUGUCUAUGAGAACAACAUAGCUAAUAAUCAAAGCGAAUUUUGGCUCAUUAUGCCAAGGUAUCCGAUGUCAUUAAGAGACUACUUAAUAAAAAAUAUUCACCAAAUGCAUUUUUCGCGUGCUGUUAGUUUUGCACUAUCAAUCGCUACUUCACUUGCCAAGCUCCAUCAUCUUGAAAUUGUUCAUCGAGACAUUAAAUCAAGUAAUAUUAUGCUUGAUGAUAAUGAACAAUGUUAUAUUAUCGAUUUUGGUACAGCCAAAUCAACAUUUUAUAAUAAAACUAUAUUAGGCACAGUUCCAUUGCCACCAGAGAUAGUUGCUGCAUAUUCGCAGCAACAUACCGGAUUUGUCACCUAUGAUGGAGCUGCUGCUGACAUCUACUCCUUUGGACUUCUUCUAUACGAGAUGCUGCCUAAAUCUUCCUACCAACAGCUAGACAUCAAUGCAUUGCCGAAUACCAAACAAUUGCUUCUUGCACAAGCUCAGUCUAAAGCAUACUUACAAGUGUAUAUAGAUCAAAUUUUCGCAUGUCUUGAUCCGAUUCCUACUAAGCGACCACGAGCCGAUCACUUAGUAGCCAUUUUUCAAAGCAUUCCACCAACUAUUGAAAUAAAACUGUGCAUGUCAUGUGAAGAACGAGAACGUACAGUGCGAUUUUUACCUUGCCAGCAUAAGGUGAUGUGUGAACAAUGUUGGCAACAGUGGCGUACGCUAAAUAAUACCAAUGUAGAAUGUAUCGUCUGCAAAACUAUCGUCACAAUUCACACACAGGAUAAUUGUGACGCAACCUUUUUUGUUCAACCAAAAUAA